AUGGCACUGGGAGCUCACACUCUAGCCCUAGCGGCUUCCCUCUCCCAAGCCGGUCUUGUCCCUGGCCUGGCACCGCUCAUCCCAGAUAACUUCACCCCAUCAACAGAGCUGGGCGUUGCUUAUGGCAAUAAAUCUGUAGAGCUCGGUAAUUUGUUCCGAGUCAGCGAGGUUCAAUCAGCUCCGACCAUCUCAUUCGCCAAGGAGGCCGAUGCUCCAGAAGGUCAAUUAUACACCCUUCUACUUGUCGACCCCGAUGCGCCAACACCUGAUGACCCCAAAUACGCAUACUGGCGCCACUGGGUCGUUUCCGGCCUGAAGCCAGCAGUCGGGAUUGAACCGGAAGCCGCGCUGACGGAGUAUCUUGGACCUGGUCCAAAGGAUGAGUCCGCUCCCCAUCGGUACUUGUUCCUCCUCUUCCGAGAGCCAGAGGGAUUAGAGCUGUCAAAAGAGGAUGUCGGUGGCGAAGAGUUUGUUGACCGUCGCUCGUUCCCAGCUGCUGAGUGGACUGCGAAGCAUGGAUUGGUGCUUGCUGGGGUCAAUUGGAUGCUUGGUGCCGGGGAUGGAUGGACCGAGUGA